AUGGGGGAUUUAUUACGGAGAGUGAGAGGAAGACGGGGUGGUGUUAAAACGAGAGCAGAGGAAGCAAGAAGAAGGUAUAAUAUUCAAGUAUGUGUUAAUAUGCAGCAACCGUAUGCAAAUCAAAGAAUAAGGCGAGGAGUGAAUUUUUCAAACUUAAUCAAUCUAAGCAAUGCUAAAUCAAGCGGAACGUCGUCCCACGAUAAACAUUAUUUUGUCCCUACUAUUAUGCUCUCGAACACUAUGUCUCUGGCUCCGAAGGUAGUUGAGGUUCAACUUUUUUUUCAACGAUAUAAUGUAGAUGUCGGAUUUAUUACCGAAACUUGGCUAAAAGACAGAAUUAAUGACAGUGUUAUUAAUAUUUCCGGCUAUAACAUAUUUCGGAAAGACCGUAUUGUUCGAGAACACGGCGGAGUUUGUAUUUAUGCCCGAGAACAGAUAAAAUAUGAAAUCCUUGAAAAUUUACAAUGCUGUAACGAUCAUGAAAUUUUGUGGAUUAAGCUCAACCCUACGCGUCUCCCCCGAGGGUUUACCUGCCUUAUCAUCGCUGUCAUUUACCAUCCACCUGGUUCAGACUGCCAUUCAAUUAUUAAUCAUCUAUUCCAAAAUUUAACACUGGCCGAAUCCUUAUAUCCUAAUUGCAGUAUUGUUAUAGCAGGAGACUUCAAUCGUCUGAAUGUCGCUAACAUCAAACGUCAUUUCAAACUCAAACAACUGGUUAAGCUGCCUACAAGGGGCCAAGUGACACUUGAUAAAAUUCUAACGAAUAUGGCCGAGUUCUUUUCACCAGCCGAGAUAUACCCACCCUUCGGCCUGUCAGACCAUAACACAGUUCUCGUGAGACCAAAGGAAAGAGAAAUAGGCCAGUCUUCAAGAAAAUUCGUUACAGUUAGAGAUACGAGAGCAAGCAACAAGGCCGCACUUGGGCGAUAUUUAAGUAGCAUAGACUGGGCGUCAACUAUUAAUAGUAAAGACAACUGUACUGGAAAGUUAGAUACGUUAACUGACCUAAUAAAAAUUGGUCUGAAUCAUAUCAUGCCAGAGAAAGUGAUCAAAGUCCACACCAAUGAUGCCCCAUGGAUGUCCACUAAGCUAAAAGAUCUAAUACGUAUGAGACAAGUAGCCUUCUACUCUAACAAGAAUGGCAUUCAAUUCAAGUUUUACCGCAACGCCGUCAACAGAGAAAGGAAAUUGUGCAAAGCUAAAUAUUAUGCCUCAAAAGUCCAAGAUUUGAAAGGGGCCAAUCCCCGUCAGUGGUGGAAAGAAGUUAAAAAAAUAAGUGGAUCCGUAAAUAGCAUCAAAUUGAUGAGCAGUCUUAAUGUCCCUGGAUAUGAUAAUUUGUCCCACAAGGAAAUAGCCGAUGCUAUUAAUGCCUCCCUUCUAGAACCUCUGCAGGAGUACAACCCCCUCGAUCCUAGUACUGUCAACUUGCCAGGGGAAGAAUUAGAUGUGAUACCAGAG